AUGGUUUGCGGGCAUAUCGAAGAGCUUGCAGCUUCGCUGAAACCCCCUAACCCUUCCCAGCAGGUCCACCGCGAAGAAUGCACGCUCUGCUUCGACGGACAGGAUGACGCCGCAGGUGUCUUAGUCUGCCUGCAGUGCUUCAAUGGCGGUUGCAACAGCGACCGCAAGCACGCGUACCUCCACUCGCAGAAGCGUGAGCACCCGCUCGGCGUGGUUAUCAAGCGCACGCAGAAGGAGCAGAAGCAACGCUCCGACAGCGAGCCGCCGAUGAAGAAGCUGGCGAUCACCGCGCCGAGCGACGACGAGCUGUACAACGUCACCACCUCGCUCCGUUGCUUCGCGUGCUCGCCUGUGGGCGAGGUUGUUCAGUCUGACCACCCGAAUGUGGAGAAGACGGUCCAGGGAAUCAUGAGUGCGCUCUCGUCGGCGCAGCAGUCUGAAGUCAAGGCGUGGGAGGAGGAGAUCAUAGCCUGCGAGCACGCCCUCACACUCCAGCAGGAACCUCUUAUUGUUCCGGGAGAUGUCUCCCUGCAGUGCGUCGAGUGCGAUCUCACGUCCAAUCUCUGGCUCUGCUUGACUUGUGGAUUUGUUAACUGCGGCCGUCAACAGCAUGGUGGCAUCGGUGGCAAUGGUCACGCUCUCCAGCACUUCCACGACACUGGUCACCCACUCGGCGUCAAGCUCGGCACGAUCACGCCCGAGGGUGGCGGUGACAUUUACUGCUACUCGUGUGACGACGCGAAGCUUGACCCCGACCUCGCUCUCCACCUCUCUACGUUUGGCGUGAACAUGCUCAGCCAGUCCAAGACCGAGAAGUCGAUGACUGAGCUGCAACUCGAACACAACCUCAAGUUCGACUUCUCGAUGACGGGCGACGACGGCAAGGAACUCCAACCCGUCUUCGGUAAGGCCCUCACGGGCCUGAAGAACCUGGGGAACAGCUGUUACAUGGCGUCGGUCAUGCAGGGCCUCUUCUCUCUGCCCGCCUUCCGCGAGCGCUACUUCACCGAGCAGGGACAACACCACUUCCAGACUUGCGAGAAGCCGUUACCAGCUGACUGCCUCGAGUGCCAGAUGCUCAAGCUCGCGGACGGGCUCCUCUCUGGACGCUACUCGGUACCGGCGCGCCCCCCUCCAGUCGCGAGCAGCGAUUUCGAGGUUGCUGAAGCGCCCAAGUUCCAGGAGGGCAUUCGGCCAGCUCAGUUCAAAGCGCUCAUCGGGAAGGGCCAUGAGGAGUUCUCGACCAUGCGUCAACAAGACUCGGAGGAGUUCCUCCAGCAUCUCCUCGACCGCCUGCGUGCGGAGGCUAAGCGCCUGGGCCGCCACGAGCAUCUCGAGGCCACCAACAUUUUCCGCUUUGGCAUGGAGCAGCGUCUCAUGUGCGACGAAUGUCGUAGAGUCGGAUACAAGGUCGACCACGUCGACCUGGCUUCUCUCCCUGUCACGGCCGUGGAGCUGAGCGUCGACGAGGACGGCAAGAAGCACUUCCAGCCAGUCACCCUCGAGUCGUGUAUCGACGCGCUCUGUGCCACUGAGGAGCUCACUGAUUAUGCGUGCAGUACCUGUGAGAAGAAGGUUCGCGCUGAGAAGUCCACCAAGUUCGCGACGUACCCCGACCUCCUUGUGUUCCACAUGAAGAAGUUCCAGCUCGUCAACUGGAUGCCCACCAAGCUUGACGUGCCUGUGCAGGUUCCGGACGCACUCAACCUCGACAAGUAUCACGGCGCGGGUCGCCAGCCGGGAGAGGCCGAGCUAGACGAUGACGCGGCAGCUGCGCAGCCCGAGUUCAACGCCGCAGCCAUGGCGCAGCUCGAGGCGAUGGGCUUCCCUACCAUCCGCUGCCAGAAGGCGCUCCUCGCGACUGGCAACUCGGACCCCGAAGCUGCCAUGAACUGGCUCUUCGCACACAUGGAAGACCCUGACAUCGAUGACCCUAUCCAGCCUGCUGGGGUUGCGGCUAGCCGGCCCGAGCCCACUGCGGAGCAGAUCUCGAUGCUCUCCGAGAUGGGCUUUACCCAUGCCCAGGCGCGCAAGGCGCUUCGUGAGACUGGCGGAAAUGCGGACGGGGCUGUUGAGUGGCUCUUCUCCAACCCCGACGACAUGGCUGUCGGCGGCUCGGCAACUAUGCCGGCCAACUACCGCCUCAAAGCCUUCAUCUCGCACAAGGGCCCGUCGGUGCACUCUGGACACUACGUCGCGACGAUACGCCAGCCGCAGGCUGGUGUCCCGGGCUCGUCCGAGCCGCAGGACGAAUGGAUCCUCUUCAAUGACGAGAAGGUUGCGCGCGCCGCCCCCCACGGCGGCGAGGAGAUGCGCUCACUCGCUUAUCUGUACAUUUACGAGCGUAUUUAG